AUGUCUUACCCAACCAAGCCAUGCUUUAUCGGUUCUUUCAAGGGUUGGGACAAUGAGGCCCUGAAACACCCGGCUAUGCAAUACUUGAAGACCCUCAACACCGACUUCUGCGAGACCAAGGUUGCACAUCCGGGGCCGCAUACCAAAUGGUUCACCGAGGACUUCGAGCUCCAAACCCAAACUGGCCAGGUUCUUAGAGGAGAGGAGGCUUGGAAGAGGAUGGUUCAUACGACUCGGUUCUACGAUAAAUUUUCAAUGGAGCCCCUCUCAGCCUUUAUACAGGAUACCGAAGACGGAUAUGAUGGUAUGGUGUACGGGAAUAUAUACACCAACUUUAUAGAGCCGGGAGAGAAGAAACAUUCGGACAACGAGGGAAUUAAGUGGGAGCUGCGGAUUCCGAGAGCCUAUCGUCUUACCUUGCUAAAGGAUUCUAGCGGGCAACAAAGCCUGAAAAUUUGCAAGCUGGUUAUCGUCGGAGAUACCCUUGGCACCAUGGCAGCAGCGGUUCGCAAAGGGAUGGUUUCGCAGGAGAAGGCGCUUUCAUUCUAG